AAAAGUUUGACAAGACGACAAGCUCCUUUUUCAACGCAUGAACUCUCGAAAUCAAAACGAACCAAAUAACCACCUCUCUCUUUCUCAAACUUCCCUUCACUUUCUUUUCAUUUCCUCAAAACGCAGCGCGUGUCCCGUCAUUCAUCUUUUGCCCACUUUAAUUUAGAGAGAACCGAGAACACCCUCGUUUCUCUCUCUACAACCGUUACAAUUUUAUUUAUUUUUAUAAUUACACAGGGACAAAUUGUAAAAUAAUUAAAAAAAUGAGUUCGGAUUCCGCUUUUGUCAAGUUUGUGGAGUCGUUGCUAGGGGUAUCGCUGGGAGGUUUUGAGUCGAACACGAUGCUGUUGGCGGUAACGACCGCCUUUGCGGUGCUAAUUGGUUUGCUGGUCCUCGUAUGGAGGAAAUCUGUGGAUCGAAGUAAAGAAGUGAAGCUGAAUGUGCCGCCUCAGCCGGUGGUAGUCUCUGACGAGCAGGAUGAGAUCGAUGUCGCUUCUGGCAAGAUUAAAGUUACUAUAUUUUACGGUACUCAGACUGGGACUGCCGAGGGCUUUGCUAAGGCUUUGGCAGAAGAAAUCAAAGCAAGAUAUGAGAAAGCAGCUGUUAAAGUUGUUGACUUGGAUGAUUAUGCUGUUGAUGAUGAUCAAUAUGAAGAGAAACUGAAGAAAGAGACUUUAGUCUUUUACAUGGUGGCCACGUAUGGAGAUGGAGAGCCUACUGAUAAUACUGCCAGAUUUUACAAAUGGUUUACUGAGGGAAAUGAGAAGGGAGCCUGGCUUCAGCAGCUAACCUAUGGCGUUUUUGGUCUUGGUAACCGCCAAUAUGAACAUUUUAAUAAGAUAGCAAAGGUUCUUGAUGAACAACUUUGUGAAAAAGGUGGAAAGUGUCUUGUUCCAGUUGGGUUAGGGGAUGAUGAUCAGUGCAUUGAGGAUGAUUUUGCUGCUUGGAGAGAAUUACUGUGGCCCGAGUUAGAUAAAUUGCUCCGAGAUGAAGAUGAUGCAAAUACUGUAUCUACCCCAUAUACAGCAGCUAUUCCCGAAUAUCGUGUAGUGAUUCAUGAUCCCACUGUUACAUCUUAUGAGGAUAAUUACUCAAACAUGACCAAUGGAAGUGCUUUUGAUAUCCACCAUCCUUGCAGAGUAAAUGUGGCUGUCCAAAGAGAGCUUCACAAACCUGAAUCUGACCGCUCUUGCAUACAUCUUGAGUUUGACAUAUCAGGGACUGGUAUUAUAUAUGAAACAGGAGACCAUGUGGGCGUUUAUGCUGAGAACCUCGAUGAAACUGUUGAAGAAGCUGUAAAGUUGUUGUGCCAACCUUUAGAGAUGAUGUUUACUAUUCAUACAGAUAAUGAAGAUGGUACUCCCCUUGGAAGCUCACUGCCACCUCCUUUCCCUGGUCCAUGCUCUCUACGCAUGGCAUUGGCACGAUAUGCAGAUCUCUUGAACCCUCCUCGUAAGGCUGCUUUGAUUGCUUUGGCUGCCCAUGCCACUGAACCUGGUGAAGUGGAGAGACUCAAGUUCUUAUCAUCACCUCAGGGGAAGGACGAGUACACACAAUGGGUCGUAGCCAGUCAGAGAAGUCUUCUUGACGUUAUGGCCGAGUUCCCAUCAGCGAAACCUCCCCUUGGUGUAUUUUUUGCUGCUGUAGCCCCUCACUUACAGCCUCGUUACUAUUCUAUCUCUUCCUCACCUAGAUUUGCCCCUGAUAGGGUUCAUGUAACAUGUGCUCUAGUUUAUGGUCCAACUCCCACUAAUAGAAUACACAAAGGGGUGUGUUCAACCUGGAUGAAGAAUGCAGUUCCUCUUGAGAGAAGUCUUGAUUGUAGCUGGGCCCCUAUUUUCAUCAGAUCAUCUAAUUUUAAGUUACCAGCUGAUCCCUCCAUUCCAAUUGUCAUGGUAGGACCUGGGACUGGAUUGGCACCAUUUAGAGGAUUUCUACAGGAAAGAAGUGUCCUGAAAGAAAAUGGUGCUCAACUUGGUCCUGCUCUGCUCUUCUUUGGAUGUAGAAAUCGUCGGAUGGAUUUUAUUUAUGAGGAUGAGCUAUACAAUUUUGUGGAACAAGGUGUUAUAUCUGAGCUGAUUGUUGCAUUCUCACGGGAGGGACCACAAAAGGAAUAUGUUCAACAUAAGAUGAUAAACAAAGCAGCAUAUUUGUGGAGUUUAAUUUCUAAGGAAGGAUAUCUUUAUGUAUGUGGUGAUGCCAAGGGUAUGGCAAGAGAUGUUCAUCGCACUUUGCACAUCAUUGUUCAGGAGCAGGAAAAUGUGGACUCAUCGAAGGCAGAGUCUAUCGUGAAGAAACUCCAGAUGGAUGGACGAUAUCUUAGAGAUGUGUGGUGAUGGUUGUUGUUAUCAUUUCUCUAUAAUUGUUUUAGGUGAUAUUAUAUACAGGGGUGGAGCUCAAGCUUCUUUGACUGCACUUACAGAGAAGUAGCAAAGAUGGUGAUAGUGGUACCAAAGGUGCUAAAUGUAACUGGCAUCUUCAGAAAAUUAAAAUGACUUCUUGUCAUAUGUUUAUCUUAGUUUUUGAUUUCUGAAUAAAAGAUCAAAUGUUUUUGAACUUUGAUCUGAUUCAGAGGUUUUACCUGAGUACCUGUCAGAAAACAUGUUUGGAUGGAUGGAAAAUGGUGUUGAAUAAAACCUGUACUUUACUUUGUA